GGGACCUGCGUACUGUCAGGCGGCCGCCAGAGCAACUUCCUUCCUCUCCGGGCAAGAUGGCGGGGGGAGAGGCUGGAGUGACUCUGGGGCAGCCGCACCUUUCUCGGCAGGAUCUCGCCACCUUGGAUGUUACCAAGUUGACGCCACUAUCACAUGAAGUUAUCAGCAGACAAGCCACAAUUAAUAUAGGUACAAUUGGUCAUGUAGCUCAUGGGAAGUCCACAGUUGUAAAAGCCAUUUCUGGAGUUCACACUGUCAGGUUCAAAAAUGAACUAGAAAGAAACAUUACAAUCAAGCUUGGAUAUGCUAAUGCUAAGAUUUAUAAACUGGAUGACCCAAGUUGUCCUCGGCCAGAAUGUUAUAGGUCAUGUGGAAGUGGCACACCGGAUGAAUUUCCUACAGAUAUUCCAGGGACCAAAGGGAACUUCAAAUUAGUCAGACAUGUUUCCUUUGUUGACUGUCCUGGCCAUGAUAUUUUGAUGGCUACUAUGCUGAAUGGUGCAGCAGUGAUGGAUGCAGCUCUUCUUUUGAUAGCUGGUAAUGAAUCUUGUCCCCAGCCUCAGACUUCUGAACACCUAGCUGCUAUAGAAAUCAUGAAACUGAAGCAUAUUUUGAUUCUACAGAAUAAAAUUGAUUUGGUAAAAGAAAGUCAGGCUAAAGAACAGUAUGAACAAAUCCUUGCAUUUGUACAAGGUACAGUAGCAGAAGGAGCUCCCAUUAUUCCAAUUUCUGCUCAGCUGAAAUACAAUAUUGAAGUCGUUUGUGAGUACAUAGUAAAGAAAAUACCAGUACCCCCAAGAGACUUUACUUCAGAACCCCGACUUAUUGUUAUUAGGUCAUUUGAUGUCAACAAGCCUGGUUGUGAAGUUGAUGACCUUAAGGGAGGUGUUGCUGGUGGAAGUAUUCUGAAAGGAGUAUUAAAGGUGGGCCAGGAGAUAGAAGUCAGACCUGGUAUUGUUUCCAAAGACAGUGAAGGAAAACUCAUGUGUAAACCAAUCUUUUCCAAAAUUGUAUCACUUUUUGCCGAACAUAAUGAUCUUCAGUAUGCUGCUCCAGGGGGUCUUAUUGGAGUUGGAACAAAAAUCGACCCCACUUUGUGCCGUGCUGACAGAAUGGUGGGGCAGGUACUUGGUGCUGUUGGAGCUUUACCUGAGAUUUUCACAGAAUUGGAAAUUUCCUAUUUCCUGCUUAGACGACUUCUAGGUGUACGCACUGAAGGAGACAAGAAAGCAGCAAAGGUCCAAAAACUGUCUAAGAAUGAAGUGCUCAUGGUGAACAUAGGAUCACUGUCAACAGGAGGGAGAGUUAGUGCUGUCAAGGCUGAUUUGGGCAAAAUUGUUUUGACUAAUCCUGUGUGCACAGAAGUAGGAGAAAAGAUUGCCCUUAGUCGAAGAGUUGAGAAACACUGGCGUUUAAUUGGUUGGGGUCAAAUAAGAAGAGGAGUGACAAUCAAGCCAACCGUAGAUGAUGACUAAAGAAUCCCAGUUAAAUAAUGCAUUUGGAUGGAGCUGGAAUUUCUCUUAACAACCUAGGGGUAUAUUUUCAGAGCAAUACUAUGGAAUUAAUUUCACAGCUCAUUACCUUAGUAGGUAGCUGUAAGGUUAUUCUCAUUUUUUGAUGAUGAAAAUUUAACCUGAGCUAAUAUAGUAUCUACAAUAAAUGUAAAAAUUGGUGUAGUGUUGGAUUGAAUCUACAUUUUAACAGAAGUUAAACAUUCCUAAGUAAUGUAUAAUUUAUACAUCCAUGCAGGUUUAAAAUGAAACUGUUUGCCACACAUCCAGCCUUUGAUGUAACAUGCAUGCCAUGGAAUCUGUUUGAAAUAAAAAUUUUCCUUUUCUUUUUUAUGAUUCUUUUCUGUAGCACCAGGCUGAAGGACUGUUACACCAGUAAAAACUGGAAGACACCGACUCCCUUUGGCCCCAUAUUUUAUGUUUUAUCUUUGAAAUUUAAAACCUAACAGUCACUCAUUGGAAAUAAUGUUAGGCCAAAUGAUUCUAGAUAACUAACAAAGAUCUUUCCAGUCUUUACAUUUGGAGGGGGUUUGUUGGUUGAUAGGUUGCACUGCUGGGGAUCUAACCUAGGGUCUCAUGAGGCAAGUGCUUUACCUCUGAGCUGUACCCCCUGCCCUGUUUGUUUCUUAACUACUUAAUUGGUAUGAUUAUGAAAUAGAUUCUAAUCUUAGUAAUCUUUGGACUUUGCAAGAGAUUAAAAGGUAAAAAAGCAAAAGGUGAGUCCUUUUAAUUUUUAACACGUUUUCCACGUCCCUGUAUUCUUCCUGGUACUGUGCUUUUAAAUUUUUAUUUAUUUAUGAUUUUGCUUCAUAAGAGAUUCUGUUUUUUUAAAACUCCCCAGUGUUGAGAAGUAGGCAUAUUAAAUAAAAGUACCUCGAGCUGGGGAUGUGGUUCAGUGGUAAGAGUGCUUGCCUAGCAUGUGCAGGGUCCUUGGUUCAAUCCCCAGCACCACCAAAAAAAAAAAAAAAAAAUUGGUAGUCUGAUAAUAUGCUUUAGUUUGCUUUUCUUAAAUCUACAUUGAGAUGAGAUUUAAUGCCACAGUCUGUCAUAUUGUGCUCUUUUGGACAUUGAAGUUGCCUUGACGAAUUUUUGAAGCUGUGGGGUAGUAGGCUGUGAUUUGUUAAUGAGUUUUGAAGAAACAUUAUUAAUGUUACAAUGCUUGAUUGACUUUGAAAGGUUGUGCUGUAUCAUAAGGAACACAUUUAAAUAAAACAAGAUUUUAAAUUUAGCAAUUUUA